CUACUGAGAAACCGCCUUCUUGACCCCUUUCGAGUCUCUCAAAAAGGACAUCGAUUUUUCUAAUUUUGACCUGCAAGCUUUCUAAUUCUUCGAAUUUGACCUUGAAUCUUUCCAACACGACGGCCAUAUAACCCCGCAUGAGACGAGGGACACUGUGCCAUUUUCGUUUAUAAGCUCGAGUAAUUCUCUGCAUUCUUCUCCGAUCUUAGUCUGCUUGAUCGAUCCUCGCUCAUGGAGGAAGUAGGCAAAGUGGGUUCUGCGGAUAGAGAGGAAGACGAACGUGGAAGUGAUCGCGAAAACAGAGGAGCGGGGAAGAAGAAGACGACGAUGAAGAAAACGAAGACGAAGAGAAGCGGGAAGAGGAAAGGUGGAGGAAAGAAGAAUUAUUGGAUGGGUUGUCUCCGAGUUGAAUCGGACGAGAGAGGAAAUGUGGACAUGACUGUGGAUUUCCCAGGCGAACGCGCUGAGCCGACUCACCUGGUCGUCAUGGUCAAUGGUCUUAUUGGAAGUGCGCAGAACUGGAGAUUUGCAGCUAAGCAGCUGUUGAAGAAGUAUCCCGAAGAUCUUCUGGUUCACUGUAGUAAACGCAAUUAUUCGAUGCUGACAUUCGAUGGUGUUGAUGUUAUGGGACAGAGAUUAGCUGAAGAGGUUAGAUCGGUUAUAGAACGUCAUCCAAGCCUCCGGAAGAUUUCCUUUGUCGGGCAUUCUUUGGGAGGUCUUAUCGCAAGGUAUGCCAUUGCUUGUCUUUAUGAACAAGAAACCAGAGAUGAACUUGCUCAAAACAAUGAUCAUCCGAGUGAAAACAUCGGGGAUUCACAUGGAGGAGAGGGAUUUAAAGGGAGAAUUGCUAAGCUAGAGCCUAUAAAUUUUAUAACUUCUGCUGCACCACACCUCGGUUCAAGAGGACAUAAACAGGUCCCAUUGUUUGGUGGAUUGUACACGUUGGAAAGAUUUGCUACUCGUAUUUCAUGGUGUCUUGGUAGAACGGGAAAACAUCUCUUUCUCGCUGACAAAGAUGAUGGAAAACCUCCUCUGCUUCUCCAAAUGGUUAGUGACAAUGAAGAUCUUAAGUUUAUUUCUGCUUUGCAGUGCUUCAAGCGUUGUGUUGCUUAUGCAAAUACAAGUUUCGACCACCUUGUUGGAUGGAGCACAUCGUCAAUUCGGCGCCAUAACGAGCUUCCAAAGCUUCAACGACGAUCAGUCAGCGAGAAAUACCCUCACAUCGUAAACGUUGAACCACCAGCCACUGCAAUUAACCGCAAUGAAGAUCUAUCAGAGGCCAAUCCAGUCGGGUUUAACAAUUUCGACAUGGAAGAGGAAAUGAUCAGAGGAUUAACGAAACUGAGGUGGGAAAGGAUCGACGUUAACUUCAGAGGAAGCAUACAGAGAUUUCUCGCUCACAACACGAUUCAGGUGAAAACAAAGUGUAUCAAUGAUGCAGGAACGGAUGUUAUACAACACAUGAAUGACAAUUUCAUGCCAUAGAAAGAAGAAGGGGAGAUGAAAUGAUAUGCUUGGAAGUUAAAUUGCGGUAACCCGACAUUCGUUAUCUUAAUGCAUGAUCGGUUUCUAUAUCGAGCAAAAUCAGUUUCCGAUAUCCAAAACUUGUAAUGAAGAUUAGAUAGUAUGAUCAGUCUCAAGCUAUUCAUAGCGUUGUAAAAGGGGUUGGAACUUGGAAGUACUUCUACCUCGUGUAUUUUUUAAAAUUUACAAAUUUCACCGUAUUCUUUUUAAUAUCAAUUAGAGGACCCUGUUAUACUCUUUU